AUGAAACUCACUUUUUUACUGCAAUUAUUCGUUCUCGGAUUUUUUUUGGAGGUUGCUUUAACAUCUCCAUUAGUUGCCAGACAAAUUAAAACAUGUGAGUCAGGAAGACCAGUACUCUGUUCAAUUACUCUCGGACCCCCGAAUGUGUCCCCUCCUGUAGGUGCUCAAUGCACUGGAUUUAAACCUGCUAAUUGUAGAAUGAACGGGUAUUAUACAAUAUGUGAUCGGGUAGAUCCAAUUGAGUACCCUCAGUGCAGUUUAGCUUCUGCUACUGACUUCAGUGGUAAAUUUGAUUGUAUUUAUGAUUUUAAUGAUCAAAGUUAUCAAAUUGGUCAAAUUGGUCUAUUUGGUCAAAUAAGAUCAGACUGUAGAUUUUUCUGCCCUAGAUGUAG